AUGUCAGACGGCGUUACUCAACCCACUCAGACAGCCACCCAAACCCAACUUUUGUCUCAACACCAAUAUGUGGAAGACACCAGUGACUUGUGGGGCUUCCUCAUACCUUGCAAUGCUAGUAAUCCAUACAUCUCCCGCAUCAACUUCCACAAAACGAAGUUGACAUACGCAGUCGGACGAGGGCCUCACAACGAUAUCCAUUUUCCGAAAUGCCCGAUCGUCAGCAACAAGCACUGUGUCAUACAGUGGGACGGUGUCGAUGACCCGUCGACUUCUGCUGUUACUGUAACAGACUACUCCAGUAAUGGCACCUUCAUCAAUUGUGCGAGGAUCUCGGAGCCAGGUACACCGCGGAAAGCGAUCCUCCACGACGGCAGUGAGAUCGCUUUUGGAGCUUACGUCCCACAGGAUCCUGAGAAGGCACACGUAGACUAUCGGUUCAUCUUUCGGAAGACGCGUCCCGGCGCACCUGCCGAUACGUUGGACGAGUCUUACGACAUCCAGCAUGUUCUUGGAAGAGGAUCGUUCGCGACCGUCGUCAAAGCCCUCCACAGAACGGAGGGUCAGUGGUAUGCCGUGAAGAUCGUGCAGAAAAGCAGGCUUCGAAAAGGCAUCAUUGACGAUGGACAGGAAACUCGGGAGCAGAGAGCUGUACUGCGCGAGAUCGACAUCAUGAAACGCCUCCACCAUGAGUAUAUUUGCAGGUACAAGGACGUCUUCAUCGAGGAGAACAGCAUGUCUCUGGUGAUGGAAUAUGUUGAAGGCGGCGAUCUCUUAGGUUGGCUACAAGAUCACGACCCGGAUCGUCCUCCAUCGGAGAAGGAAGUGCAAUACUUCACGUACCAGAUCUGCGAAGCACUUCACUACGUGCAUGAACUGGAUAUCGCGCAUCGUGAUCUCAAGCUCGAGAACAUUUUACUGACGAAAGAUGAUCCGCCGGUCAUCAAGAUCGCUGACUUUGGCCUGGCAAAGAUGAUCGAUAGUGUAACAUUCCUCCACACAAUGUGCGGAACGCCGGAGUACCUCGCUCCAGAAGUUGUCACCAAUAGUGCAUACGACAAGGUCGUCGAUAGCUGGAGUGUCGGGGUGAUUGUGUUCUCGUUGCUCACCAUGCGCACACCCUUCAUAGAAGUUGAGGGAGCAACUGAUGUUGUAACACAAGUGACAAACCGCCAGAUCGAAUGGUCGUUGCUACAGACGCGCAAGGUUACUGAGCAUGGUCAAGAAUUUAUAAGAGAGCUACUGAAGUACAAUCCGGAGGAGCGCAUGACCCUCACGGAUGCGCGCAAUCAUGCUUGGCUUGCAGAUCAAAAAGCUGCAUAUGAAGCGACUCAAGAUCAGCCUGUAGUUUCCCAGCCAUCGCAGGAUACGUCAGUAGAGUUCCCUCCGGAAACUCAAGAAGACUCACAAGCACUAUCCACAUCAUUCGAUGUGUCUAUGCGCUCGCUUACCCCCGGUCGCGUCGUGCCGGACGGCACCAGCAUAGUCAUGAAUGCCGAGUCCCAGACCGAAUCAAUAGAGGAAGCCCGCGCAGCAUCGGAAGCCAGUAGUCGCGCUGCGACCCUUGCGCAUGUCCUAGCAGAGGACGCAUACGAUCUCCGAGCGCUCCCUUCCAGCCAGCUUGAAGACGCUGGCGCUGGCGCCGCAGGAGAGGACUUUGGCAGCAGGCCUCAUCCUGUGCAGCGCCGAGCGGACAUCAUACGGCGGGCGCAUCACAGGGGCAUCAGGCUGCCAGCCCCGUCGCAGGACAUGCAGGCGCGCGCCGCUGCUGAGCUCGACACUGUUGCAGGAGACCCUGCGCACGACGCUGCUGAGCCUGAGGGAGUGGAGAACGUUGGGUCAUCUAGGAUGCUCGUGCCAGCGUCGGCUGCGGUGGUUGCGCGCCCUAGCAAGAGGAAAGCCGUCGAGCUCGAUUCCGACCCAGCAUCAGCACCGCUCGGAGAUAGCAAUGGAGGAGACGACGAAGGAGAAGGGGCGCUUGGGAGGAGCACUUCCGGAACGGGAAGUGGAGCGAAAAAGACAAGAAGAGGAACAAGAGCUGCAAAGCGAUCACCCUCCACGAAAAAGGCUCGCACCGGUCGCUCAUCACCAACACCCUCAGACGAUCAAGAGGUGUCGGAACCAACUAUAGGCCGGAGGCGGUCGAGUCGUUUAGCUUCUCCGACGAAGCUUAAGUCUGCGCACAAGACUUAGCGCAUGCGUCUUCUUGCGCGCAUACAGGACAUCUGAACGAUGGCGUCCUGUAUACCUUGCUUUGCCGUUGUUUCGUCCAAUGCGCUAUAUAGUUCUCCCUACUAUCUGUUAUCUCGCUCUUGAUGGAGACUCGGAGGACGGUCACCAAUGCCUUCGAACAGCCUCUCAAAGCGUUCUUCUCGCCGAAACAUUGCGAACUAUUGAUGUGCAUUAUGGAUAAAUACAUAGAAACUACAGACCUCACAAGCUCACUACAGGUUACAAACAAGAUUAUUCCAAGCAGUUCAGAUACGUCGACACACGGCACAUCAAGCGACGGAACUGCGAUGAUAGUAAGCGAUAGAGUACGAUAACUUAGC